AUGGACUCUGAAAAGCUCGACAAGCGCAUGAAGGCGAUCCAUGCGGGAGAGAAACGAAAUAAUGACUACAAGGGCUACAAUCACGACCUCUUCCGCAACCACGUCCGAUACGAGUCCGCCUCCCACAGCCCGCGCCCGCGCGUCUCCUUCCUCCUAACAGUCACCGAACCCUUCUGCAACAAAACCGGCGCCCUCCACGGCGGCUGCGCCACCACCUUAAUCGACGUGACAUCAACCGGGUUUCUAAUCGCCCUCUCUAAGCCCGGCUACUUCUCCCAGGGAGGCGUCUCGCGAACGUUGAAUGUCAAGUUCGUGCGGCCGGCGCCGAUGGGGGUGGAGGUGCGGAUUGUGAAUGAGCUGGUGCAUGCGGGGAAGCGGAUGGCGUUGGUUAGAUCGGAGAUUAGUAGGGUGGAUACUGGGGAGGUUUGUGUUGUGGGGGAACAUGAUAAGGUUAAUACGGAUCCUGAGGUGGAGAGGUUGUGA